CAACUUUCUCCGAUUCGAUAAAGGGUUUAUUUCAACUGUUCGACGCGCGGUAACACUGGGUGAACAAUUUUUUUGCGAUCCGACUGCAACAGCACCGCACUGCCAAAGAGAUAAGAGACAUGACUGAUCCCAGCAAGCUUUCCGUGGCCGUGGUCUGCUCCUCGAACAUGAACCGCUCGAUGGAGGCGCACAACUUCCUGGCCAAGAAGGGCUUCAACGUGCGCUCCUACGGCACCGGCGAGCGUGUCAAGUUGCCGGGCGUCGCGUUUGACAAGCCGAAUGUUUAUGAGUUCGGCACCAGCUACGAGGACAUCUACCGCGACCUGGAGGCGAAGGACAAGGAGUUCUACACACAGAACGGGCUGCUGCACAUGCUGGAUCGCAACCGGCGCAUCAAGAAGUGCCCGGAGCGCUUCCAAGAAACCAAAGAGCAGUUUGACAUCAUCGUGACCGUGGAGGAGCGCGUCUACGACCUGGUGGUGCUGCACAUGGAGUCCAUGGACUCGGUGGAUAACCGUCCCGUGCACGUCCUCAACGUGGAUGUGGUGGACAAUGCGGAGGACGCUCUAAUGGGCGCCUUUCUCAUUACGGACAUGAUCAACUUGAUGGCCAAGUCCACGGAUCUGGACAACGACAUCGACGAAAUGAUCCAGGAGUUCGAGGAGCGGCGCAACCGGGUCAUACUGCACUCGGUGCUCUUCUACUGACGACCGACGUGCGCCAACAGUUCGUGUCCAGCUCCAACACUAGCACCAGAAUCCCCUAGUCUCCCUACGCUCCCCACGCCGAGUGAUUGGUCCUUGCCGAGGACUGGUAUUGCCGGACUUAGGGCGUAGGAUGAAGAUUGGGAGCCUAGAAAUAUAAGAAACUUGUAAAUAGAGAGGGGCCAUCGCUGCAGCGAACACACGCAUCCACAUCCGAUUCAAAAUCCAAACACACACACACACACACUCCACCUGAUUGCACUGGCUCUUGAAUAUGAAAUUAACACAACAAAUGACGCCCAUUACAACAAUGAGGCUCCAAAAAAACGAAACCCCUCGUAUGUAGUAUGUGUUCGUGUCCGUAUUCCUUGUAGUUCCGGCCGUUGAGCCGCGACGUCCACGGCUUUUAUCACUGGCUUUCGUUUCCCCCAGCUGGCAACAGGGCCGAACAUCUGACUCCCCGAUCCGAUCCGUUUUAUACACAUAUAUAUGGAAACAAAACUCGCAUGUGUGAAUGUGAAUGAGCAUGCAGGCCAGAGAGCCAGCCAGGGGCGGAUCGAGAUUGGGACUGGGAUUGGGCCCCAUCGUGGACGGGGGCCGUAGUUAUUAAUCUAACAUAGUUUUACAAAUUGUUCAGACAGGGCCAUACGCCUGCCUAAUUUGGUAGCUGAAAAGAUCACUGUGCGUUUCAAAAAAUGGCCAAAGGUCCCAUACGGGCGCCGAUUCAUAAAACUUAAUACAGUGUCAGUGCGGUACGGGAAAUUAAUAAACCAUCCAGGGGUGUUGACUAUUUAGAUUGUGUUCACUGUAAUGAUUGGAAUAAAAACGUACGCCAAUUAUGGCGGCUUUCUUGUUGACAUUUGAA